AUGAUUGAUGAUACUAUGAAAUCUACUUCAAUUGGAGAAACAUCCGAAUCGAAGAAAAUGAAGUCAGAUUCACCCAAUUCUCACCACCGUCAACCGAUUCAAAAAACUAUUUGGUAUUACCUUAGUGUUAUCUUUCAUAUAUUUGCAUAUGAUUCCGUGUUAUUUUUCUUCAAUUGUAUUAUUAAUACAUUUUUUAGAGAUAUAAAGACUAGAGGAGGAUUUGAGAUUCCAAAGAAAGGUCCAGUUAUUUUUGUGAUUGCUCCACACCAUAAUCAAUUUGUUGAUGGGUUAGUUGUUAUGACUAAAGUUAAAGAAUGUACUGGUAGAAGAAUCGCCUUUUUAAUUGCUAAGAAAUCGUACAAUAGAGCAAUUAUUGGUCAAGCUGCUAAAUUAUGUAGUGCUAUUCCUGUUGAACGUGCCCAGGAUUUAUUGAAAAUGGGCCAAGGAGAGAUUUUUAGUGAUCCUAAUGAUGAUUGUUUAUUAAUUGGGAAAAAUACAAAAUUCACUGAAGAAUGCCAAAUCAAAGGGUUGAUUGGAUUACCCAAUUCUCUUGGUAAUUGUCAAAUUUCAAGUAUUGAAGAUGAUACUCAUUUGACUUUAAAGAAACCUUUUACUUCUAAAAAGAAGGAUAUUCAAGAUAAAAUUGAUGGUGUUUUGAAAAAUGGUACCCUGUUUAAGAUUGCUCCUCACAUUGACAAUCAUGUUGUUUUCCAGAAUGUGUUUGAUCAUUUGAAUAAUGGUCAUGUUUUAGGGAUUUUCCCAGAAGGUGGGUCUCAUGAUCGUCCUGAUUUGUUACCAUUAAAACCAGGUGUGGCUAUUAUGGCUCUUGGUGCUAUUUCCCAACAAAUGGAAGAGCAACAGAAUGGAGAAAGAGAUGAUGGGCUUCAGCCAAUUACUAUAGUUCCUGUUGGAUUAAAUUAUUUCCAUCCACACAAGUUUAGAUCUAGAGUGGUUAUGGAAUUUGGAAAAUCGAUUGUUGUUGACAAGUCUUUAGGUGAACAGUAUAUGACAGACCCAAGAGGGACUGUUGAUAAAUUAUUAAAAGUGAUCACAUUAGGGUUGAAGGAAGUAACAGUUACUUGUAAUGAUUAUGAUACUUUGAUGGUGUUACAAGCAGCAAGAAGAUUAUACACUUCUGCUAAUAGAGACGAAAUUCCAACUCCAAUGGUGAUUGAGAUGAAUAGAAGAUUAAUUAGAGGAUAUGAACAAUACAAGGAAGAACCAGAUGUUAAAGAGUUGAGAGAUGCUGUGAAUGAUUACAAUCGCCGAUUAAUGAGAUUGAGUAUCCAUGAUCAUCAAGUGGAAUCAUUAGAUCAAUCAGACAAGUUGAACACUUUCAAGAUGUUUAUCAGUAGGUUUUUCCAGUUUUCAUUGUAUAUGGGAUUGAGUUUGCCUGGACUUAUUUUGUUUAGCCCAGUGUUCAUUACGGGAAGAAGAAUCUCAGCUAAAAAGGCCAAAGAAGCAUUAGCUGCAUCAAGUGUUAAGAUCAAAGCAAAGGAUGUGUUGAGUACAUGGAAGAUUUUGGUUGCCAUGGUUUUGGCCCCUGCUUUGUACAUAUUCUAUUCUGUGAUUGGUACGAUAUUAAUCGUGAAACUGGGAUUUGUACCAAAUAUUUCUGUGAUUUUCAUCUUUAUGUAUUGUUACUUUUGGGCUGUUUUAACUACCUAUGCUUCAUUAAGAGUUGGUGAAAUUGGUGUGGACUAUUACAAAUCAUUAAAGCCAUUAUUUAUUUCUUUGAUUAGUCACGAUAAUGAUCAAAUACAAAUUAAAGAAUUAAAGGAAACCAGGGAUGAAUUGCGAAAGAGAGUAACUUUAUUCUGUAAUAAACUUGGACCAGGUCUUUUCAAUGAUUACGACAGGUUUUAUCGUCAAUACAAUCACGCGGAGAGUGAUCAUGAGUUGUCAACACAAAAAUUACAACGUCAAAACAGUUUUACUUCGUUAGAUUUAACUAUGAAUAAUUUGUCGGAUAUUCAAAUUUUUGCAGCUGCUGAUUUGGAACAAGCCAGUGAUAUUAAUUUAACAAAAAGCUCAAGUGAUGAAGAGAAAGAUGAAAGGGACGAACAGGUUGACACGAUCUCUUCAAAACCAAGUGAUGCAAGCGUGCGUUUAAGAAAAACAACAAGGGGAUAA